UUUGUCAUUCCAAAAUGACGAAGCUGUUUAUUCACCUGGACAUUUAUUAGUUUUACUAUAUGACUGCAGGGUCAUUUAUUGUACUGUAUUUACGUCAAGCAAAGACAGUUAAACGUGACAAGUGUGAUGAAACAGCGUCUCUGUGUGGCAAAAGUCAAUCACUGCAUGAUUCUUCUGGAAUAUUUGUAAUCAUUUUCUGAGGAGCACCUGAAGGCAACUGCGCUAUUAGUUUAUUUAGCAUUCCAAAAUGACGGAUCCGACAACGUCUCCAGAGGACCACUGGAAAACAGACGGGGCUUUCAGCGACAAUGGCUUUGACACCAGUUUCUUUGCUGAGACCGCCAGAAAAGGUAGCAUUGUGUCGAGAGCAAACAGUAUUGGCUCUACAAGUGCCUCUUCAGUGCCAAAUACAGAUGAUGAGGACAGUGACCAGAGACAUGAGACGUCAUAUAAGAACUCGUAUAAAGAUCGACGGAGACAAGCACACACACAAGCUGAGCAGAAGCGCAGAGAUGCAAUCAAGAAAGGCUAUGAUGACCUUCAGGGAAUUGUUCCAACCUGCCAACAGCAGUCCGAGUUUGCCGUCGGAGCACAGAAGAUCAGCAAGGCUACUAUUCUUCAGAAAACAAUUGACUACAUCCAUUUUCUUCAUAAAGAAAAGAAAAAGCAGGAAGAGGAAGUUUCUGUCCUAAGGAAAGAAGUGAUGGCCCUCAAGAUCAUGAAAACGAACUAUGAGCACAUAGUGAAGGCCCACCAGAACCACCCACAGGAGGGAGAGGAUCAGGUAUCUGACCAGGUCAAGUUCAGCAUCUUUCAGAACAUCAUGGACUCCCUGUUCGUGUCUUUCAGUAAUUCCGUUGCAAUGAGCAGCUUCCAAGAAUUGUCUGCAUGUGUUUUUAGCUGGAUUGAGGAGCACUGCAAGCCACAGACACUGCGAGAGUUUGUUGUUGGAGUGCUUCGGCAGCUCAAUGGUCAGCUUUACUAGUUGAGGAGAAACCGCGGACUAUCUUUCAGAAAUUGACUUUUAACUUGCUCUGGCCUCCGAGGAUGGAAUUAAAACUUCAAUCAGCUCCACACCACGCCACAGUCCUUACCCCUAGUCCACACAGACUGUGUUCCUUGUCCGCUACGUCAUUCCUUCGCAAAUUGUGCCGUGCGGCAAUUCACACUGGAUGCGUUUUAGGAUCCAUUCAUGCAUCCCCAUUGAAAUUCACACAUUUGUGCUCCGUCAUCCGUCAAAAAUAGACUCGAUCCGUAUCUCUGACAGACGAUGGAGGAGUGCUCUCCGUCAUGCCGCAGCUCCACGGAGCCAGUGUAAAUUACCCCAUUGACUAGAAUGGCUUUCAUUUAUGGUGGGGUCAGUGUGAACUAGGGGUUGCAUUCACUUCAGCUCAUCAGAGAUUCCCUGCCUGCAGUUCGAUCACCUCAUCAAACACUACAGCGAGAGAUGAACGGCUGCCUUCGGUCGCCUUCUGACCUCUUCACUGAUGGGAAUUUAGCUCUGUGUAGAGUACUUUCACUCCAUCUGAGUGUUCUUGCAAAGACCGGUGAGGAAACAAUAAUUAAGCGAAAUGCGUCUUGCAGAGAAUAUCUAGUUGUAAUUACUUCAUGCAGUAACUAUUCUU